GCAGAAGCAAGUCUCAACACUUCCCUACCCUUUGUGCUCCCUCGCUCUCCACUUCAUACUCGCCUCCCUAUACGACUUCGCGAACAGGUCCCCUUCAUCCUCGCUCUCAUCACUCUCGCUCCCCCCAACAUCCUCCAUCUCGACAUCCCUAUCCCCUCCCUCGCCCCCAACAUCCCGCAUAGCAACCUCAUCCCCAAUCACAACUCCCCCAUCCGCCCCAUCCCCUUCACCCCUACCACUCCCCCCAACACCUGCACCCCCUCCCUCUGCAUACGCAUCCACAACACUGUGUGGUUUUUGUCUGGCUCGUGGCGCCCUUCUUCUGAAGAUAGAAGUGUGGAAGUGCGCAACAAAGUGAAUUGGGAGGUCGUUUAUGAAGAUAGUGAAGAGGAAGACGAAGGAAGAAAGGAAGGGGGGCAUCCAUCAUUCAUAUACGCAUGUUCAGUUCAGUUCAGAUUAGUUCGGGGGGUGGGUCUGUUCGUUCGUUCGUUCGUUUUGUUUGCUUUUUGCUUUGCUUUGCUCAUGUAUCUCUCCUCUCUCCGUUGUCUCAGCCCUAACCCACCGAAAGAGAACGUGCUGGAAAAAAAUAGGGGGAGUGAGACAUAUUGGACUGUGCAUUGCAUUUUUCAAUAGGCGAAGAAAAAGUGUUUCCGUGCGUGUGCGGUCGAGAAGGUUUUCUAUUUUUGUAGUUAUAUAUUGAUUGGUUUCCAUGGACAACUAAAGACGUAUUGUACUGUAAAACAACACGAGCAUGAGCGAGCAGCCCACCAAGUUGAAUCAGUACCGACGGACAGAUCUGAU